CUUUUGUCAUCUGUUACCUGUCAGUGUCAAAUAAACGUGCUUUGCUUGCUUGUAAAUGCGACUUAGUGCGAAGUUAUAAUUUCAAUUUAUUCCCAGUUUUCGUCGCGUAUUGACUAGAAUGAGUAGCGAGGCGCCAAAGCCCGUGUUCCGCUCCUUCGGCGGCGAGCCGGACGAGGAGCCCGAGGUCACGGAGAUAGAGUCUCUCUGCAUGAACUGCCACGAAAACGGUAUGACGCGCCUGCUCCUGACCCGCAUCCCGUACUACAAGAACGUGGUGGUGAUGUCGUUCAGCUGCGAGCACUGCGGGUACCAGAACAACGAGCUGCAGCCCGGGGGCUCCGUGGCGGAGCGCGGCGUGCGCUGGGCGCUCCGCGUCGAGGGCGCCCACGACCUCAACCGACAGGUCGUCAAGAGUGACUACACCAGCGUGCGGAUACCCUCGCUCGACUUCGAGAUACCUGCGCAGAGCCAGAAGGGGGAGGUGACGACAGUGGAAGGUAUAAUAUCCCGCGCCGUGGCGGGGCUGACGCAGGACCAGGAGGCCCGGCGCCUCCACCACCCGGAGGACGCGCGCGCCAUCGACGAGUACGUCGCGCGCCUCGACCGACUCCGCCAGCCCGACGCCGAGCCCUGGACCCUCGAGCUGGAGGAUAUCAGCGGCAACUGUUUCCUGGAGAACCCGUGCGCCCCGCGCCGCGACCCGCGCGCCUCCCUCACUCACUUCAAGCGGACGCACGACCAGGACCAUCAGCUCGGCAUCUACACCAACACAGAGAAGGCGGAGGAUACUGAGUGUCCCCGCAUUGAGGGGUUGUCGCUGUCGGAGGGCGCAGAGGGCGCGGAGGGCGCGGGUCGAACGUCGGAGGAGCACCUGUUGUCCCCGCUGGGCGCGGACGCGAUGCCGUACGAGCGGCUCGCGGCCGACGAGGUGCUCAGCUUCCCCACCAACUGCCCCAACUGUGACGCGCCCUGCUACACGUUGAUGAAGGUCACCAACAUCCCGCACUUCAAGGAAGUAGUCAUCAUGAGCACUACGUGCGACUACUGCGGACAUCGCACCAACGAGGUAAAGUCAGGCGGCGGUAUCGAGGAAAAGGGAGUGCGGUUCGAGGUCCGCGUCGCCACCAAGGAGGACUUCUCCCGGGACAUACUCAAGUCUGAGACAUGCAGCAUGGAGAUCCCGGAGCUGGAGCUGAGCGUAGGGGGGGGCGCGCUGGGGGGGCGCUUCACGACGGCCGAGGGCAUCCUCAGCGCCAUGCGCGGCCAGCUCGAGGACAGCCCCGGCGCGCUGGGCGACGCGCCCGGCCUCGCGCAGCCCGCGCUGCAAGACUUCCUGGCCACGCUGGACCAGGUCUUGCGGGCCGAGCGACCCGUCACCAUCGUGCUCGACGACCCCGCCGGCAACUCAUACGUGCAGAGCCUGGCCGACGACCCCAACGUACCCGACGACGGUCUGAAGAUCACGCGCUACGAGCGUACCUUCGAGCAGAACGAGGAGCUCGGCCUCAACGACAUCAACACGGAGAACUACCGCCCGCCCACACCCAGCUAGUGACGCACGCAACACAUCGCACGACGCACUCAACCAUACUCAACCAUACUCGCAUAGAAACGU